AUGGAAGGAAGGACAAUUGAUUACAGACCAGAUGGAGGUGGUCUUGAUUAUCACAAUUCACCUCUAAUGGCAGAAAUACCAGUAGAUAAUUAUUCACAUAUUCAUAGAAGUAUAGAACAUCUUAGAUCUAUAGGUGUGCCGCAUCCAAUGGACCACCACAGGCAUUUAGCAACGAACCUUACAGAUUUACGAAGGUACGAGCACCCCGAUGAUAUACCUGAAAUAAAGCCCUCCGUAUUAAGGCUAUCGGAAUUCAAAAAUGGUUUGCAAGAAAUAAGAAUGCACAACGAUCAAGAGAACGAAGUGCAAAGACAAAUGACACCUCAAGACGACGGUCCUAAAGGAUAUAGUGCUCCAUCUACACCUCUCUCCGAAAAUGGUGGUCAAAGUGUUCCAGAAGAAAAGGUGUUCGGCUCGAAAGCAGAUCUACAACUUCACACGCAAAUUCAUUUACGCGAGGCCAAACCCUACCGUUGCACACAAUGUCCGAAGGCGUUUGCCAAUUCUUCGUACCUGGCACAGCACUCUCGUAUCCACCUCGGAAUCAAACCCUACCGCUGCGAGAUCUGCCAGCGCAAGUUCACCCAGCUCUCCCAUCUGCAACAACACAUCCGCACCCACACAGGUGACAAACCGUACAGGUGCACACAAAUUGGUUGCACAAAGGCCUUCUCGCAACUGUCCAACCUCCAAAGCCACAGCCGUUGCCAUCAAACUGACAAGCCUUUUAAAUGCAACUCCUGCUACAAAUGUUUCACGCACGAGAAAGAUUUAUUGGAGCACAUUCCGAAGCACAAAGAAUCUAAGCAUUUGAAGACACACAUAUGCCAGUACUGCGGAAAGAGCUACACACAGGAAACUUACUUAAGUAAGCAUAUGAACAAGCACGCGGAGAGGGCUGAUAAACGGCCGCCUAUUUCUGCAUUGGGUUUGAGCGGUUUGAACAGGUCGUUAGCAGCGGCAGCGCCUACUGCUGCUCCGUUCGGUGAUCAUCCAUACUGGCCUAAGGUUAGCCCUGACUCCGCAGCGCACAUGUCGGACGAGAGCGGGUACCACCAGCAGCGCGAGAACGACGAGCAUCACGAGCAGCAACUACAGCAACAGAGGGCCCUAUUUGCCCAGCACGAUGGGCAAGACGAUCGCAUCCAACCUCCGGUUUCGUCUGCCGCAAAUUCCGCUUUCACACCAAUAAAUUCUAUGGCGCCUCAUCUCAAUGGUCUAUCGCAUCACAGCGCUUUACCAACGCGACCUUAUCUCUACGAUCCUCUGCAUUUUCAACAAGGAAAACAGCAGCCGAACUCGUUCCCGAAUCAGCUAAUAUCACUUCAUCAAAUUCGUAAUUACGCUCACCAACCAUCAUUAUUACCGGCUGAACACAUCCUACCCCACUCCCUAUCACACAAAGACAAACAGUAA